UUGUCAAGGCUUUCUUUCCAGAAUAAUUAUGGACCAUAGAAUGCAAUCAAAAUUUUCAAUGAACCCACAAGCUCGAGAAAAGACUACAGCAAAAGACCAUCGAGUCAGUGGAAACGUUCAAACUUAGACUAAGUCAAAAUUAAAAUUAAUAAAAAAAAUUCAUAAAAAAAAAUUAAAAUGGUUCGAAGAAGACUUCUGAGUAGUUCGGCCAAGCAGGCUUCGAUGAGUGCCUACCAGAAUCUCUGGCAGCAGCAGCAGCGACCCCAGAAUCCUGUGGUUUUGCCAGUGCCCCAGUAUUGGAACAAGAUGUGUGGACCACAGCCAUCGAGUCCAAUGCGGCAUCAGCUGGUGAAAGAGCCCAGGCAAAUCCAGCAGCAGCCCUUGCCACUUCACAGGAAUUACCAGCCCAUGGGUUACGUAUACAGGGGUAGUCAGGGAAACCUGUUCAAGCCUGGUGCCAUGAUGCCUCCCUUUCCCCAUCUAGGCUACCACCAGGUACCCGCCAGACCUUUGCUACAACCUCAUGGAUCCUUUCAGUAUCAACAGGGAAAUCUUCUCAGAUAUCCCUCGGCAGUCCAAAUGCAUCCAAGGCAGUGGCCUCACCAGCAACAGCAACAGCAGCAGCAGCAGCCACCUCAUCUGCCAGUUCCUAUUAGUAUUCUGAAGAGAUCGCCACAACCCGAGGCUGCAGGAAUUCACAAUACCAAACGAGUGACCAUCAAGGCUCCAACUCAAUUUCAGGUGCCCACAGUGGAGCCGGUAAAGCCCGAGGUUCCACCCAAGCCAAGUAAGAGGAGGCGACAGCAUUUACUGAGAAGAGAGCAGCAGAGGGUGCUGCAACAUCAGAUUUUCUAUCAAAAGCAGCUCCAAAAACAGCAGCAAGAACAAAAGGAGCUCUACAAACAGCACAAACUACAAAAGAAGCUUCAGAAAAAGCAGGAACAGCAAAAGGCACUCCAUAAGCUGGAGCUGGAAAAGAUGCAACAACAACUGCAGCAACAUCGUCUGAAGCAGCAGCAACUUCACGCAGCUGACGAGGCACACCGCAAGGCCCAGAAACUACUGGAGCAAAAUAAUUACUUUAAUUUUGGAAAAAUUGCCAGCUGUUUACUAGAACCACAGAAGCUCCAAAACCCUAAUAGAAACCACAACUUUACCUAUCAAGAAACCAAAAGGAGUCCCGACAAGACAAAGCUUCAAGAAAAGCCUGAUGUUCCCAGAAAGAAAGUAAAUCCCUACACGGAUUUUCUAGAUUUGGGAAGUGAAAGCAGCACCAUAACCCUAACUACUGAACAAAGUCAAGUCGAUUGUAGAACUCCAUACCCAAGCAGUACUACUCUGAUGGACAAGUCCACCAAUACCCAGAUCGAUGGAUUCAGUAAACUGCUCAAGCAAGUGCCUCUGAAAGCCACCUCGGCAAAGGGUAAGGGAUGCAGGAAACUCAAUAUUAAUGAACUUUUGAGGAGUGAACAGGCCAAGGGUUUGAAGGCGGAUCCCAUGUGUCACUCGCUGAUGCAACUGGUGGCCCUUAUGUGUGAGAACCAAGCUGAAUCGGAUAUGCAGAGUCGGCUGAGAGCAGGAUCUGGCGGUGAUGGUGGUCUCCAGAAACAAUAUUCUGUGUAUCUGAUGGUGACCUCCGAUGAGGACGAGGACGAAGGCGAGCGAUUGUCAAAGUCGGAUGGGAAUAUUACCAACAUUACAGACGAUGAAAGGAUUCAAGGAGCAUAUGAGGGGUACUCGCAAAGGUGUGGCGAUGUUUAUCAGGACGAGCAUCCCAGAUUAGGUCGUCGGAAAAGGUUUCGAAAGCGUCUAAAAAAUCGCCUGAAUGACCUGGACUAUCUCUCUUCUGGUCCACUGCCAUUUUUGCCCAUGAGAAGACCCCUGCACUGGCCCAAACCGGAUUACUCCAAGCUAAGUCAAGGACGAUCCAAUCGUAGCCGCACUCCAACCCGCAUUCGUUCUCGUUCGUCAUCCAAACAGUUUAUCCAAAUGCAAAGUCCGAGAUCAGUAAGCUCAAUUUUGGACCCAAAAAGCAGCUGGAAGCUGUGGGAGGAUCUGCCGCUGACAGCCAAAACCCUAAACAAGGCCUACAGUCGCUUAUGGAGUCUGUCGGGAGGCCAGAGCUGCACUACAGACCCAAAUCCUUUCUAUUUUUCAAUGGCUGACUUGGUCAAUCCAUCGCCAACUAUCGAGCAUGGUGCUUAUGAGAGUAGCACCUACGUGGAAGCCAUGGAUCCCAAGGGAGAAGAGAAGAGCCCUGAGGAGAACCCAGUGAUGAACCCAAAGACGAGCCCAGAGAGGAGCUCCAGAAUGUGUGGGGGCGAUUGCGACUGCCAUUUGCCGCCGCCGUUGUAUCAACAAAAUCUUACGAGCUGUGACUAUCUACCGCAUAACGAAUGUCCAUAUAGACCCUUUCAGCCUCAUAAUUUAUAUGGUACUUAUCCAGAUGCUGGCCAAACUUAUCAGAAUCCGCAAUGGCAGGAUACACAAUGGCAAUGGCAGGAUCCAAUGUCAAUGGCACAAUGGCCGUCUAAUACUCAGCCCCAGGAUUAUGGUUGCUGUCAGCAGCAGAGGGCCACAGGUUCAACUAACUAUAUGGAGUACAAGGGUUUCCAGCAUAGUCCCAAACCAAAUCCAGUUUAUGUGCCAAUGGAGUGUAGUGUAUAUACUCAGGAAUCUCGACAGGGAAUUCAAUCAAUAUGCAGUUGCGGAACAAUCCCACCGUGUGAGACGAACUACCCACCUAAGCGAAAGCGUUCCCAAGGCAGUUUUGCAGGUUUAAAGGGAUCCUUUGAGAGGUGCCGUAGACGUAAGAAGCAUUACAGUUAUGAGGCUAUAAUUUCGCCAAGGCGUCCGUCGACUGAGAGGUGUUGCGAGUUGCCACGCAAAUUAAAUCCUUCUGAUAGGGCGUACUACCUUAGAUCAGCCACACCUUGUGCUCGCACCUGCUCAAAUCGCCAGCAUACUCAGGUCAAUGGACCUUGUCAAUCACCACUACCACCACCGCCUCCUAUGAGAUGUUCGCCACCUCUUCGACGGCGAUCCAGGAGUAGAUCUAGAUGUUCCACGCGAAGAAUUAGGCCUUCACCCAGCGAUUGUAUGGAAAAAAAUCGACCUGGGGCUGAAUAUCUCAAGUCCCUCGAUGUGCGGGCCAACUGCACCUAUAAUGCACAGAGCUGCGAUAAUCCCGCCUAUGGCCGGACGAGAUCACAAUCCCCACACUAUCAGAGGGACAGUAGUAAACGAUGUUGUUGCAAGCCAUCUCCUAUGACGACGGAGCCCGUUGUGUGCUAUCCGCCAAGAUCACGAUCCCCUUGCUGUCCGAGGCCCCAGCCGGCGACCACUAAACGGAAUUGUCGCUGCUCGAACGAAACUCUGAUAGAGGAGCCCGUGAAGAGCUAUCGUUUCCGUUGUCCAGAGAACCGAAUCAUUACGCUCUGUCCUCAUUGCCAUAAGGCGCUGAUAAAAAGGCAUAGGAGUGCGUUGACCACUAAGAGAUGUACUUCGGGGGCAACUCGUAAAAGCUGUAGUAGGUUCAUACCCGUGUCCAAGAUGUCGCAAGUGCCUAGCAAUCGCUGUAUCUACAGGACUCUUAGUCGGAACUUGACACGUCCCAAGACGUCGUCGACAUACAGACCCAAGUACCAGAUGAACCUGUGUUGUUUAAAGCGUCGUUGCCAGGGCGGAGCUAAUGAAUACCGAAACCACCAUCAGCCAGCUUCAAGCUUAAAAAAGACACAGAAGUACCCGGGGGCUCCAAACACGGAAAGAGAUCUUCGCUCAGCUCCUAAUCCGGAAAGAGAUCUUCGCUCAGCUCCUAAUCCGGAAAGAGAUCAUCGCUCAGCUCCUAACCCGGACAGAGAUCGUCGCUCAGCUCCUAAUCCGGAUAGAGAUCAUCGCUCAGCUCCAAACUCGGAUAGAGAUCCUCGCUCAGCUCCAAACCCGGAAAAAGAUCCACGCUUAGCUUCAAAUUCGGGAAAAGAUCCUCCCAAAUCUUCAAUGUCGGGAAGAGAUCAACUCAUAGCUUCCAUGUCGGGAAGCGAUCCUCCCAAAGCGUCAAGAGGACCUCAGUUAGCCUCUCAGUUAGCACCUUUCGUAGCUCCUCAAUUAACACCACAACUAGCUUCCUCGCCAGCUCUUCAGCGAGAGCAUAGGACAUCGUCGCCUAGAGCUGAAGGUCCUAGUAAUUCAAGGCAUCGACAUCGUUCCCAUAGAGAGCAUUCCCACCGCAAGGAAAAAAAUAAGGAGCAACAGCAGCCACAGGAACCGUUUUAUCCGCAAGCUCGACCGGAACUAGCACCCGUUUACAUGGGAUCUCCUCCACCAGCCAACGCGAUGCCACAAGAGGUGUUUGGACAUCAAACAUACAGACCAGCUAACUUUAUGGGCACAGAGAUUAAUCCCUUUUAUAGAGGAACCUUUCUUGAUCCGCGUUCAGUUGCGACGUCUCAUCCCUACCACAUGGGUCCCGUUCAGCUGAGGAAGUAUGACGCAUUACCCAAGUUACCCAGAACGGCGAGACAUCCUUCAAUGAUGCUGAUGCCACCAAAGUGGACGGGAUUAGAUUGGCAUAUUUUAUUAUAUGAAUCUUUUUUCGGUAACAUCAAAAUUAUGAACCACAGGAGCAUCUCGGAGGCGUCUAACCAGUCUUGCUCCUCUAACCAAUCAAGCGUCUCCGAUGUCUCCCAGCUGACAAGUGGCGUUCGCUGCCAGCGAUCCUGCGAUCCAUGUCCAGGCAGUCAACCUGAUAAUCCUGAGAAGAUUUACGUGCUAAGGAACGAUAGGUCUCCGGAUUACACGGUGUCACCCUGCCAGAAGAAGAAACCGUGUCCUAGGCGAGGGAGUAACACCACAAGAGAGUGUCCCAGUCGUUCCACGAACUACUCAGCUGAACGUCUCUCCCAGGAGAGUGCAUGUGGAAAAAAAAUGAAGAAAAAUAAGUCAAAGCCACCUAGGACUACCCCAGACCAAAAGCAGUAUACCGAACGUCGUGCGGGCGGCAACUGUGAGAUUUGUCCACUCUGUAACCGGGAAGAGAUUCGUCAACCAGGUCAGAACAUGUGUCCCCAGUGCAAUGAUAGGAUCCAAACGGCGGUGAGCAAUUACUACCAGUGCAAGUGCCAGCCGAUGGAACAGCAAGCAAAUGCAUGCUCACUACCGUCUAAUCAGAGUGGUCAACCCCAAUUCAACCAGAAACCAAAUGUGCAAUGUCAACAAGUCAACAGCUCCUUAUCGGGUCACCCGAACCUCAACAUCAUUGUCCUGCAGGAUUGCCAGAAUAGGCAAGAACUGGUGGAUCAGCUGGCCAAUGCCAUACAUCGCGACGGAGGACAGGUGCUUAAUCAACAGCAGUCUGGCUAUCAACAAAGUGUUGCGAACAACUACCAGAAUAACUACCAGGAUAAUCCCGGCUAUAUGGACUACGACUACUUUGACUACAACAGGGGCUAUGAGCAACCGAUGAGUUAUGACUAUCGUUACGAUAUGGGUCCCGGUCCGGCCUAUUGUCCAGGUCCAGCUCAUUGUCCAGGCCCGGGUCAGUGUCUGGGUCCGGGUCCAGGUCCAGCUCUCUACUCCAACUCUUAUGAUGUCGAUAGAUAUCCAAUUCGCACGCCAUGUACCAGCUUUGAGUGCCCCAUGAGGGAGGGUCCACCCUCAAGGCAAGAUCUUUAUCCGAGACCGUGUGGUAACGCUUGGCAGGAUCAGGAUCAGGGACAGGAUUGCCCCUGCACCUGCACUUGCAAUUGCGAGUUUUGUCGCAAGGGUUUUGAGACAAAGGAAAAGCUGGCCUUGUUGUUAGCGCAGGCUCUUGAGAUUUUCGUUCAAGGUUAUCAACAAAAGACCGAGAAGAAAAAGAAUCAGAACCAGAACCAGAACCAGAACAAGAACAAGACGGUAACUCAAAAGGAUAAACGAAAAUCGGCAGGAUCGACUAAUGUGAAACCAGAAAAAUCUAAGCAGACAAACACAUGGAGAAAAGCUUCAGGAAAACCUCCUGAUAAGACUAAUUACCUAGGGAAUCGUGCUCCUACUGCUCAAAAGCACCUUCCCUCCCAAGAACCGGUUCAAUCUCAACCUGAAAAGCUAGUCACCAGCCCGACGAACAGCCAGGCAGGCACGGAGGAAUCCAAGAACACACCGUUACCGAGCAAUUCCUCCACUGCGGAUAGUUCGCAGACAAAUCCCAAUUAUCUUAAUUAUCCAGCCUUCUUUCUGCCCAACUGCCAGGAACAACGAUCUUUGCCAGACUCCUCCUGGCGUGGGCGAAGCCGCGAUUCCUGCUCCAGGUUUGGUGGUGGCGAUAGCCGCAGGCGUAGGAGAGCCCGCCGAAGGUGUAAAUAUCAAAAUAGACAUCCGUCCAGGCAAUGCAAUUCGGGCAAGCAGGAUGUAGAGGAUCGCCGAUGCCAGGAGGAAUGUUCCAGUAUGGACACUGACGCUGGUCAGAGGAGAUUAACAUCCGGAGGCGGCAAGAACAGCACGGUUCUGUUAGGCCUCAGUCCCAUUGCCCACUACAGGCCGGGAAUGUUGAAGUUUCCGGUGAACUACCUACUCGCGGGCACCAAUUGUCGUCGCAGUCUCGUACGCACCGCCGCCGGUGUUACUCUCCACCAGAAGCCCUACGUCAGGGAUCUGCCCAGCUUUCCGCGCAAAGAGUCGAGCCAUCUGGACUGCCAAGCCAACCCGCCAGCCAAGAAGUGGUUGUGAGCUCCAAAAGAGAGCGCGUCACCGGAAAUUAUGCAUUGUCGGGUACCGAAGCUGUACUUCGGUUCGCGACUUAGUGCAUAAUUCCGUCCAGCCGCGUGGUGGUCUUAAGAUUUAGUUCUACAAAAUUUCCGAGUAAUCCAAAAUCCGAAAAUAUAUCAACAAUAAACCGGAAAAAAAGCUCGAAAGAUUUGUGUGAUUUGUA